GCACCUUUGCGGGAACAAAGGCAAUUUCCAGUAUGGCUCGUGGAGGCGCUCUACCUUCCGGUGUGAAGAUUACCGGUACUCUCAUUUCUUCUACGCGGGGUCAGAGGCGAGGUCGUCACUGAUGUUAGACUAAUCACAGCCGCUUCUAUAAACCCACCUCUCUUCAUCACCGUCUUCGUCGUCGAAUCUUCGUCCUCUGUUCGAACUCUCCAUCGUCUCACACGUCUAUGCUGGCGCAGAUCGACAAGGCGCUCGUGCGAGACAUGCAGUACUUCAUCGACGACAGCGACUUCCUGCGACGGUCCCCAGAAUCUCCACAACCUCUCUCUCGUGCGAACCUGGAGAAGUUCAACGCGUCACCCCCGAAGGGGGCAUCACGAUCUCCCUUUGAUCUCUUUCGUCCUGCUCAGCACCAAUGGAGCGAGGAAGACGUAACGCAAUCUCGACGAACGCAGCAGCAGCAGCAAGAUGGACCGAAGCUCUGGCUGUCGCCACACACCGCCGAUUGCUUCCUCGUGGUGUCGCACCCAACCACUCGGCCUCGUGCUUCAGCUGUCGCUAGCAGGUCAAUUACAUCCGAGCAGCAGGCUGCAUCGUCUCCCAUGGCCAUUUCCAACUUGGUGUGGCGGGAGUCUAGUCCAGCUUCCGACUCACCACCGCAAUCUACUACCUCGUCACGAAAGCGAUCUCGAGACGCAAGCCCAAACACGGAAGCGUCUCCACUGCUGAGACCAUUGGCCAGUCUUCAUGAAGCUGCCGAACCGAGCUCAUCGCACGACAUUUUGCAUGAUGACGAACGCAAUCUCAGAUCACUACGUCUCGUCGCGAGUUCUAUUUCUCAGCACCUAGACUCGGGAGAGCAAACAAAGAGGAGAAAGAGCUCGGCCCUUCCUGCAUACUCGCAGCGGACAGGGUCUUCCUCAAAUAUUGCUCCUGGCGACAGACCCUUGCCCUCCAGCUCCUCUUCGGCCGCAUCAUCGGCUCAGACUGGACGUCGGGACGAUGUGCGUGUGUACCGCGUGCACAAGUCCAUCAUGACACAGUGCAAUCUCCUCUGGGAUCUCUUCGAGUCGGCAUCAUCGUCCACUCCACCGCCUGUCAUGCAGAGCAUCGGAGCAGCCACCGCGGAAGGUCGUCGCCACUCGGAAUCUUCCAAAAGUCGACCGCCACAAUUGCAACGACUUGCCUGUCCAUCAUUCAUGGCUAAACAGGAGACAGUGUCGCUAAUGAUGCACCGCAGACCGUACCCGCCCUCCAAACGCUUUCCAGGUCUCUCACUACCAACAUUGCUACCCAGCGGUGUCGGCACUGAUCACUCCUCUCCCGUCUCCCCCACAUCUGCUCCAGCCGGUGCGUCCUUCAAGUUCGGUCCUUCGCAGGCGAAGGAGACGUCUGCACUCAACACUGUACAUAUGCCUGUACCGGAUGGAGAGACGAUACCUGUGCUCCUGCACUACCUCUACCACCACUCCCUCUCGCAUCUCGCCACCGCUCUAAAUCGUCAGGCUACCGCUUCCGUCAGCUCUACCGAUGGGCGGAGUACAGAGGUAGCUGUAGACAAGGACAAGGAGAAAGACAAGGAGGAGCACUACCGUCGUCUAGUCGGGGGUUUGAUUGCCAACUUCGACUACCUAGGCGUUGAGGCACGCGAGCCAAGGGAAUGGCUCGCGAACGAGUGGAAGAGACUUAGCACCACCCCUACUUCUGGUGACGUUGCUAUGGAGGGGGAGCGACUGACGAGUCUGGGUCUGCGACCGCCUACUACCUCGCCUCGGGCGCCGACUAGACGUCUCGAGUAGUACAUAGUCUUUCUACGUUGUGGUAUACCUUGAAUUU